CAAGUUGUCAUUCAGCUGUUGUCGACAGGAAACCACUAACAGCAGUCAACUGACAACAACAAGAAGAAUUAGGGUUUCUCUUUCUAUGUGCUUUAAGGAUUAAAACUUAUCAAGAAGGCCUUAUGAUCUUAGGAACACAUCCAGCAAAGGAUUUUUUAACUCUGGUGGACAACUAGGAUCGAGCAGGCUAUGAUUUAAUCCAAACAAAGGAAUCACCAGGAUGGGGUUGUUUGGGAGCAAAAAUCAGCUGACCUCCAAUGAGAAAUGCACUUCUGGAAGCAACCCAAAACACAGGAAUAAAAUUCCCCCCACCGCACCUAAGGGCAGGCAAGAUAUCAACAGCCUUCAUCUAAACCAAGCCUCUGCACAAGAUGACUUCACUGUGAUUGCACUGUACGAUUUUGCUGCCUCAAGUGACCGUGACCUGGAGCUGGUCAAGGGGGAUAAACUCCAAGUCCUCUCUACUGAGGGGGACUGGUGGCUGGCAAAAUCCCUCAGCAGCGGAAGGAAAGGCUAUAUCCCCAGUAACUUCGUUGCAGAAGUAGACAGCUUGGAACAGGAAAAGUGGUAUUUUAAAACUCUGAGCAGAAAAGAUGCUGAACGGCUGCUGUUUGCACCUGGUAACAAAGUUGGCUCUUUUCUUGUCAGAGAGAGUGAAACCAGCAAAGGUGCCUAUUCUUUGUCUGUGAGAGACAGUGACACUGCUCAUGGGGACAUCAUCAAACACUACAGGAUCCGCACCUUAGAUGGCGGGGGGUAUUACAUCUCCCCCAGGACUGCUUUCUCCAGCCUGCCACAGCUAAUCCAUCAUUACAGCCAGAAGGGUGAUGGCUUGUGUCAGAGGCUCACAGCUCCCUGCAUAUCGCUGGUUCCCCAGAGACCCUGGGCGCAGGACGAAUGGGAGAUCCCACGGGAGUCUCUGAAACUUGUGAAGAAACUUGGCUGUGGGCAGUUUGGGGAAGUGUGGAUGGGCUACUACAAGAACAACGUCAAGGUGGCUGUGAAGACCAUGAAGGAGGGCAGCAUGGAUCCUGAUGCCUUCUUGGCAGAGGCAAACUUGAUGAAGAGGCUCCAACACGACAAACUGGUCCGGCUAUACGCGGUAGUCACCAAGCAGCCAAUCUACAUAGUCACAGAGUACAUGGCCAACGGAUGUUUGCUGGAUUACCUGAAGACAGAAGAAGGAAGCCAACUGAGUCUCCCAAAACUUAUUGAUAUGUCUUCUCAGGUGGCAGAAGGAAUGGCGUACAUCGAGCGGAUGAACUCCAUCCACCGCGACCUGAGAGCCGCCAACAUCCUCGUCUCAGAGACACUCUGCUGCAAAAUUGCUGAUUUUGGCCUGGCCCGGAUCAUCGAGAAUGAAUACUUGGCACAAGAAGGCGCCAAAUUCCCUAUUAAGUGGACAGCGCCAGAGGCCAUUAAUUUUGGAGUUUUCACAAUCAAAUCUGAUGUUUGGUCUUUCGGUAUCCUUCUGACAGAAAUCAUAACCUACGGCAGGAUCCCAUACCCAGGGAUGACCAACCCCGAGGUGAUUCGCAACCUGGAGCGGGGCUACCGCAUGCCCUGCCCGGACAUGUGCCCCGGCGAACUCUACAACAUCAUCCUGAAAUGCUGGCGAAAUAGGCCUGAGGAGCGCCCCACCUUCGAAUACCUGCAGUCGGUCCUCGAGGACUUUUACACUGCCACAGAGAAGCAGUACGAGCCAGAGCCACAGCAGUAACCAAGGUCCCACCCGCAGCUGGGGACUGAGCCCAAGGAAAGCCACCAGCCCACAUGGCCCAUCCUGUCUCCAGCCAGUGAUGGCUCUUUUCCAGCCAUUCCCUUUAUCUUGCGUGCUGCCACACAAUGUAUUUGGAGAUGGGGAAGAGGAGGGAUGUGAGGGAGGUGGAUGCUGCCAGAUCUGUUGUUUUCUUGGAGACUCAAGAGAAAAAUGGCUAAGAGCUGGCACAGCUCCUUCCCCCCCAGCCUUGAAGGUCUGUACCCAAAUCAUGGUCAUUGCCUCUUGCCAUGAAGGAGGGCAGACAGACUCUUCUGUGAAAAGCCCCUUCCGUCCACCCAGCUGUGGUCCCACUGCCCUGGGCUGCCCACGGGCAGGGCGCUGCUGAAGGAAGCGGGGAACUUGGCCCAGGGUGGUGCUAAGGGGGGGGCUGCACAUCUCUCCCCCACCUUCGAUGCCACUGCUGGCAAUACUACAACCCCCUUCAUGCCACGGGCAUGGGUGGAAACGUGUCCUCUCCACGCUGCCCUGGACGACACCAGGCCCCCCAAGCUCCGGAGCAGCCUGUCAGCACAGUGCCCCCCGCCCUCAGCCAACA